GCAGUUCGGAAUGCUGUACAAUGAGCCAGUUGGGUGUGGGAGAGUAUUCUACCAGCUGUUACUUUAAACAGGAGGCUGCCUUGAGAGAAGUUAUUCUGCUGUUUGUUCCACAGAACAGUCUCGAUUUGAAUCCAGACCCUGAGAUUGGAUUAUAUAGGUGGGAAAGGAAAUGGAUACCGUAACACAGAUUGCAAAGGAUGAACUAGAAGAGCUCCAUGAGGCUUUUAAAAAAGUUGAUCUAAACAGCAAUGGCUACAUUAAUGACUCGGAACUCCGUGAUCUUUUCCGUGAAGCCAAUUUUUCAUUGCCUGGCUUCAGAAUACGAGAAAUCGUUGAAAAUCUCAUGAUUGAAGGAGACAAAAACAAAGAUCGCAAGAUCAGCUUUGAGGAGUUUGUUUCUAUUGUUCAAGAUUUGAAAAAUAGUCAUGUUGCUAAAACGUUCAGACUGGCCAUCAAUAGGAGAGAAGGGAUCUGUGCCAUUGGUGGAACAUCUCUUCAGUCCAGUGAAGGAACCCAACAUUCUUAUUCAGAGGAAGAAAAGUAUGCAUUUGUUAACUGGAUAAACAAAGCCUUGGAGAGUGAUCCAGAUUGUAACAGCAUGCUGCCUAUGGAUCCCAAUACAGAUGCUUUGUUUAAAGCUGUUGAUAAUGGCAUUGUACUCUGCAAAAUGAUUAACCUGUCUGUGCCUGACACAAUUGAUGAAAGAACUAUCAACAAGAAAAAGCUCACAGCAUUCACUAUUCAGGAAAAUCUGAAUCUUGCUCUAAACUCUGCCUCUGCCAUUGGCUGUCACGUUGUCAACAUUGGCGCACAAGACUUGAGAGAAGGAAAGCCCCAUUUGGUCUUGGGACUUUUGUGGCAGAUUAUCAAGAUUGGGCUGUUUGCUGACAUUGAACUCAGUAAAAAUGAAGCACUGGUUGCUUUGCUUCGUGAUGGAGAGAGUCUGGAAGAUCUGAUGAAAUUAUCUCCAGAGGAGCUGCUGUUACGAUGGGCUAAUUACCAUUUGGAGAAUGCAGGCUGCCAGAAAAUCAGCAACUUCCACUCCGAUAUUAAGGAUUCAAGGGCUUACUUCCAUCUUUUGAAUCAGAUUUCACCAAAAGGCAAUACAGAAGGUGAACCACGUGUUGACAUCAAUAUGUGGGGUUUGAAUGAGAAGGACAGCCUAAAGCGAGCGGAGUACAUGUUGCAGGAGGCAGACAAACUCGGCUGCAGAGCGUUUGUUACUCCAGGAGAUGUUGUCCAAGGAAACCCAAAACUAAACUUGGCUUUUGUUGCCAACCUGUUCAACAAAUAUCCAGCCCUUCAGAAGCCUGAAAAUCAAGACAUUGACUGGAGUCUGCUGGAAGGUGAAACCCGUGAAGAAAGAACUUUCCGCAACUGGAUGAAUUCACAAGGUGUAAAUCCAGCAGUAAACCAUCUUUAUAGUGACUUAGUAGAUGCCCUGGUGAUAUUGCAGCUUUAUGAAAAAAUCAAGGUCCCAGUUGACUGGAACAAAGUGAACAAGCCACCAUAUCCCAAACUCGGUGCUAACAUGAAAAAGCUGGAAAACUGCAAUUAUGCCGUUGACUUGGGAAAGAGUCCAGCUAAGUUUUCUCUUGUGGGGAUCGCUGGAAAGGAUCUGAAUGAUGGAAACUCAACGCUAACUUUAGCCUUGGUCUGGCAAUUGAUGAGAAGGUAUACAUUGAAUGUUCUUGAAGAACUGGGUGACGGUCAGAAAGUCAAUGAUGAUAUCAUUGUCAAUUGGGUGAAUAAGACAUUGAAAGAGGCAGACAAGAAAACGACCAUUCAGAGUUUUAAGGACAAGAAUUUAAGUUCAAGUUUGCCUGUACUGGAUUUGAUUGAUGCCAUUCAACCAAAUUCUAUUAACUAUGAUCUGGUGAAGACUGGACUCCUUUCUGAUGAGGACAAGCUAGAAAAUGCUAAAUAUGCUGUAUCAAUGGCCAGAAAGAUUGGAGCUCGUGUGUACGCCCUUCCAGAGGACCUGGUUGAAGUGAAGUCUAAGAUGGUUAUGACUGUUUUCGCCUGCUUGAUGGGCAGAGGAAUGAAGAAAGUGUAAAAACAAAAACACUAAAUUACAAAGACACAUGUCACCGCGUGCAAGUGAUUGGCCUUUCAGAUAUUUCCAGGUUGAAAUAUGCUGCUGGCAGAACGAAGUUUGUAUUUCUGCUUUCCAAAACUAGAACAAGCUGCUUGGGGAGGAGAGAAUUGCAUAUAUUACUUUCCCUGAAGUGGUAAUCCAAUAAUUUAGCAAGGUACACAAUGAAAUGCAUUCAUAUAUAAGUACAGAAGAUGCUGCGUUAUAUGUUGAUCAUCCUGUUUUCUUGCUCACUUAGCAUAUUGGUCACUGAUAUUGUGGCUGGACAUGGAUUGUGCUAGGGUUCUUUUUAUAAGUUGCUUUUAGACAGUCUGGGAGUUAAUGUCAUAAAUUCCUUAUUGGGUGGUGUUAAAUUCUGAAUGCAAAUGAAAGCUGUCACAUUUCACAGAGAUUGACAAUCACUGUUCUGUUACAUUCCACGUAAAUGUGAUCAUAUUUUCUUUACAUGUUGUACAUACACUGUUUAUGAUUGAGCACAAUCCUGCUACUACUUGUUUCAACACAAUUUGCAGGAAAGAUUUGCUGAUUUUACGUCUUCUACUGAAGGCUCCUAGACCAAAAACAUUCACUUUUUUUGUGUGUCGCUUUACUGAUGACAGACAUAUGUCACUGAAGCAUUUUCUGUGUGUUUUAUUUUUCGCAAAGACUAUAUAGCCCACAGCUCUCCAUUCCAGGUAUAGGCUUCAGUGCAUUCUACGGCCCAAGCAAUAAUGAAUCAUUUUACUAUGUAUCUUGAUAUCUUUUAAAAUUUGCUUUUCUACAAAAAAGACUGGCAGAGAUCAAUACAUUUUAUUUAAAAAAUAUUAUGCAAUCAUUUUAUGCCGUAAAGUGCCAAAGUUCUUUUUAUUUAGAGAACUUCAUGUUGGGAAAUAUAGGACUUUUGCAGUUCAUUGGAUCAUCACAGGGUUCCCGGAGUGGAAAAUCCUGAGAUCUUUGGGAUGUGCUUGAAGUCCUGGAAUUUAGCAUUUGCUAAUCUAAAUUUUUAAUAGCUCAGUAAAGCUUUCAUUAAUAUAGUAUGGACAUGGUGGCAAGAAAUGGUUGAAAAUAAAAAUUUUGAUAUCUACUGUGA